UAAAUAAAAAUCGGAACAAAACGCAGAGUUUGGAAACGGAGAUAGUUGUGGCGUAAGUGAGGAAGGCGAACGCGAAAAGCCAAUUUGCGUCUCGGCUCUGAACAAUAGAUUUGUUGUGUGCUAAUUUGUUCAGAUUUGAGAGCUCGAACACACUCUCGCUUUCUCUGCAGUGUGCGAGCGAAAUCUCUCUGCUAGAAGCCAUGAUUUCAACGACGAAGCUUAAAUCAGUCGAUUUUUACAGAAAAAUUCCAAGAGACCUGACUGAGGCAUCAUUAUCAGGUGCAGGAUUAUCCAUAGUAGCAGCUCUCACCAUGUUAUUUUUGUUUGGAAUGGAAUUCAAUAAUUAUUUAACAGUCAGCACCUCUACGUCUGUUAUUGUUGACAACAGUUCUGAUGGGGACUUUUUACGAAUUGAUUUUAAUAUAAGCUUUCCUGCUCUAUCAUGUGAAUUUGCAUCAGUUGAUGUGAGUGACGUGUUGGGAACUAACAGGUUGAAUAUAACUAAAACAGUCCGCAAAUAUUCAAUAGAUCAUGAUUUAAAGCCCACUGGCUCUGAGUUUCACUCUGGACCAGUUUUUCAUGAGAUCAAGCAUGGAGAUGAGGUUGAUGGAGAAGUUGAUGAAGGGUCCGUGUUACUAAAUGCUCAUAAUUUUGAUCACUACUCGCAUCAGUAUCCAAUUUUGGUUGUCAACUUUUAUGCUCCUUGGUGCUACUGGAGUAAUCGUCUGAAACCUUCCUGGGAAAGUGCUGCUAAAAUAAUAAGAGAAAGGUAUGAUCCAGAAAUAGAUGGACGUAUUCUUUUGGGGAAGGUUGAUUGCACUACAGAAAAUGAAUUGUGUAGGAGGAAUCACAUACAAGGGUAUCCUUCCAUUCGCAUAUUUCGUAAAGGAAGUGAUAUUAGGGAUGAACAUGGACACCAUGAUCAUGAAUCAUAUUAUGGAGAUCGAGAUACAGAUAGCUUGGUUAAGACAAUGGAAAGUUUGGUUGCACCUGUUCCAUUAGAGACUCAUAAAUCAGAUAAUACAACACAGAAUGCCAAGAGACCAGCACCUUUGACUGGAGGUUGUAGAGUUGAAGGUUAUGUGCGAGUAAAGAAGGUUCCAGGCAACCUCAUCGUUUCAGCUCGUUCAGGGGCACAUUCCUUUGAUCCUUCUCAAAUGAACAUGUCACAUGUCAUAACCCAUCUUUCGUUUGGCAUGAAGGUUUCACCCAGGGCCUUGAGUGAUGCAAAACGUUUGGUUCCUUUCAUUGGCAGAAGUCAUGACAAGUUAAAUGGGCGGUCUUUCAUUAAUCACCGUGGUGUAGAUGCCAAUGUUACUAUAGAGCAUUAUCUUCAAAUAGUUAAAACUGAGGUGGUUACAAGACGAUCUUCUCGUGAACACAAAUUACUCGAGGAGUAUGAGUACACAGCUCAUAGUAGUUUGGCGCAGAGUGUGUACAUACCUGUUGCAAAAUUCCAUUUUGAGCUUUCUCCCAUGCAGGUCCUAAUCACAGAAAAUCCAAAAUCAUUUUCUCAUUUUAUCACCAAUGUCUGUGCCAUAAUUGGAGGUGUUUUUACGGUUGCUGGGAUAUUGGAUUCAAUUUUGCAUAACACAAUUAGACUGAUGAAAAAAGUUGAAUUAGGCAAAAAUUUUUGAUAGGAAGAUGAAAUUCAUUGUUGUAUAAACAAAAAAUCCCUGACAUUGUUAAACUCCUUUUAUUAGUUAGAAUUGUUAAGAAGAGUCGAAAUACAUCCCUCUUUGCUUUUGAUAUACGAGGCAGUGACAUUUGUGUCAAUCUUACGCAUAUUGUCAAAUUGCGAAGCACCAGUGAGUGAAGAACAAACUAACAGGAAUGGAAUAUGUUCUCUCCCAUUUAUAUUGAGCAAAGCGAUGCCACAUUUCCAGAUUUUUCAUAUUUUUGUGAAAUUUUCAUUAUUUGGUUCCACUUCCCGUAUAA